AGGAGGCGCCAGCGAGGCUUCCCCACCAGAAGGAAGGGCGCCCUUGCUCCGCGGAGGGAGAGGGCUCCCAGGGCAGGGCUGGGUCAUGUGGGGGACGCUCCGGAAUGGCGCCCGCCUCGCCGCUGCUGCUGCUGCCGCUGCAAAACCUCCACCUUGGCGCGGGCUCCACUGCUCCGGCCUCCUUUGCGGCUCCAGGAACCUCCUCAGGAAAUUCCUCUCGAAGAAAAAGAAGAAGUUUUGGUAUGAAAGUCCUACACUGAGUUCUCACCUGGUACAGAAGCCAUCCAGUUUGGCAAAUAUAUUAAAGCUUGCUCCACCAAAGGUAAAGAAAGAAGACAGUAUACGAAAAAAAGUGCUGAACAUUUUAUUAUUUAAAGCAGUGAGAGAUGUGCUGAGUACAUGUGAUGCUGGCCAAGAAGUUUAUGACCUCAAUGUGGAACUGUCCAAGGCGUCCCUCACAUCAGAUUUUUCAAUAUGUCGAAUAUAUUGGAGGACUACUGGCAACAUAGAACAGGAUGAUCAUAUUGAGAAGAGUCUACAGAAGAGUGCUCCACGCAUAAGGCACCUUCUGAUCACACAUCAGAUCUUGGGAAAUGUUCCUUCAAUAGUGUUUGUUAGAGAUAAACAAGAUGCUGCUAUGAGAGAGAUUGAGAGUUUGUUGGCAACAGCUGAUAUGGGACCAGAAGAAGAAGAUAUUGGAUUGGUUCCGAAUAAUUUCAGUGAACAAAGGUCCACUGUGGCUGACAUGUAUUUGGACUCACACUCCGCUGUCCAUACGAAUCUGUUCGGAAUUGAUCAUGAAGCAUUAAAUAAGCAAAUACUUGAGUAUAAAAAAAUGAAAAAGGACAAGGAAGCAGAAGGGAUUGGACUGUCAGAGCAGCAGCAACAACAGUUAGCUGAGAUACGAAAGCAAAAGAAAAUGAGAUGGAAAAAAACCAAGAAACCAUUUGAUGAUGAUAUUACACCUCAGAAAUAUCUAAUGGACAAAUACAGUGAACCUUGCUGGGAUUAUGAAGUUGCAUUCUCACAGGAUAAUCAACUGGAACAUGAUUCAGGUGAAACAGAAAGUGAACUUGAAGUAGAUAGAACUACCAAGCUUAAGUAAGGUUGCACAAUGGCUUAGUUCAGUCAUUGUAAUUAUUCAGAUUUGGAGGCCUGAGAGUCCACUAUGGACUUCCCCCUUAUUUCUGUCCCUCUUGUCCAUUGAUUUCUUUCUCCUUUUUCUUGUUUGCAUAACCAUAGCUUGCAAUAAUGUCCAAAUAAGACAAAAAAUGGCUAGUGCAAAAUAAUUAUUCACUUCCAAACUAGGAGUAGACAACUUGUGGCUCUCCAAGGGCUGCAGUUCACCUCAUCCCUUGCCAGCAUAGCUUGUGUGAGGGGUGCUGGCAGUUUUACUCCCAACAACAUUUGGAGGGCCUUGGAUACUGAGCCUUGCUCUAACCCACAUCAAAGCAUUGUCUGAAGAUGUUCCUGGUUAAAUUAACAGUUUGUCUUGGGAUGUCAUGGUAAAGCUCGAUUCAUUCUUAUGAAUCUACUAUGAAUUUUUUUCUUUUAAUUAUUAAAUAGAAGUAGCUAUUGUUAAUACAUUUUCUUUUCUUUCUGUUUUGUCAGUUUUAAGAAUGUAGUAGUUCAAGCCAGUGUGGUCUAGUGGUUUGAGUGUUGCAUUGCGAUUGGAGUCCAGGAUUCGAUUUCCAGAUCAAUCAUGAAACCCACUGGGUGACCUUGGACAUGCUGUCAGCCUCAGUGGAAAACCUCCUCUGAACAAAUCUUGCUGAGAAAAUCUCAUGGUAGAUUCGCUUUAGGAUCGCCAUAAGUUGGAAUGACUUCAAGGCACACAACAACAGUUAGAUUAGAAAGAUGGUGACAUACAUAAUGAUUUGGGAGUAAUGUGUGACUCUUUUUACAUAAAUGUAUUCUGAGCUUGUAUAUUUAGAAUUUAGUGAUACCUUAACCAAAGCACAGAACCAAUGUGCUGUAUUGGUAAGAAUGUUGAAUGGGGAGUGUGUGAGGCCGGGUUAUGGAUCCCAGUUCAUCUCAAGAAGGCAAUGGGAGAUCUACACAGAUUGAAUGUUGCAAAAAAAAACC